AUGUAUGCAAUAACCUGUCUACCGGUCUACAAUGCAGAUCUCCCUCUAGCUAUCUGUGACAGGGAUGAUGAUUCUUGGUGGCUGGAUGUAGCAGACGGUGUGACGCGUAUCUAUGAUAGUGCGCGCAAACCCGGGACUGCUUUGUGGGCUGCAUCGAGGCUGGAACGGGUAUUGUGCCCGCCGAAGGGUAUCAAACUGCGUUGA